CUCAGUUAUGACUACGUGUAUAGUAGCGAAAUCGAAGUACAUGAAUAGGGCCAGGAGAAUGGAGGAUAUGUCCCCGGGUGCGAGUGAGCAGCUGGCUGCCCCUGGCUGUCAUGCGGUCUUGCGGCUGACUGAGAAGAUGGGAGAGGGGAAUUUGUCGCCGUGGGGGCGUCCCUGGCCCCAUGUAGGAUGCAGUGGUGCUCAGUGAUGGCGUGGAGCCGGUCCCCCAUCCCACUAAUAAUGUUGAUGUCCUGUUCUCUGGCGCGGAUCCUCAUGACCUUGGCUCGUCUUUCGUCGUCCUUAUCUCAGACUUGCUCAGCAGUACUCAGGGCCCGUCAACAACUUUCAGACACUUUAGUAUGAAGCAAUCUUGUGCAGUUUUCAGAUUCUCAUACCUGACGCCACGGAUUACCUAGGUAGGCAGCCGGCUAUCCUAUGUGUAGCCACACCGAAAUGUCAGCAGCAUUCUACCAUGCGAUGUUAUUCUCUAGGCUGCUCUCCAUGAGGAUGUUGGUGCAUCGGUGUUGAACAACAUAGAUGCACCACGACUGCGGGGUUUAAUUUGGGCCAAUACGGGUUGGGCGGACGGUGAACGCUGGCUGGGCUGACACUGGCUGGUGGAAAUGGCCGGCGGUGUGGACCUACCCCCCAUCACCAAAAGAAUAAACAUGGGGAAGGGGAGAAGAAGAAUACCACGCCUCCUACGCUUCAGUGAGAUAAUUUUUGUCAUGGCAGCCAAAGUCACAGCAUGGGAAGACCUCGUAUUCUUCCACGAGGAGGUCGACGACGAAACUGGCGAGUUCAAACACUCGACCUUUGCGCUGGUUGACGACGAUGACGUCGCUUAUUUCGGCGAAUCAAACCACCCAAGACACAGUAUCACCUUUGACCAACUCACAUCUGCCCUCGUUCCAAUCCCAGAUAAUGACGUGUUCCCAGAAUGGGCGUUCCAUUGCGGGAAGCUCACCCUAGCCCAGGACACCUUAAUGGAUUACUACAUCAAACGCCCAAAUCUUCCUCUGUACGACGUCUUCAAAGAACACAACGUCCUCGAACUCAUACCUAAAGAUCUUCUCGAAGAAGCCAGGGUAAUGGAGGUGCUCGCUGAACACCCACACCCGAACAUUGUCCGUUAUCAUGGCUGCCGAGUUCACCGUGGCCUCAUUACUGGCCUCGUCCUCGACCGACACCCCAACACCCUAACUGAUUACCUUAGGAACAAGAUUGGCUCGUUAGACAAGGGACCCUUCAUGAAGGCUCUCGAGCUGGCCAUCCACCAUCUGCACUCCCUCGGUCUGGCUCAUAACGACGUAAACCCGGGGAACAUCUUAGUUGAUCUGGAGGGCAUGCCGGUACUCAUCGACUUCGGUUCCGCGCGCGCGAUAGGUGCCAAAUUGGGAACCAGCCGGGGAACCAAGGGGUGGAUCGAUGUAUCGAUGGAUGAUUAUCACACAUCGGACAAGCAGCAUGAUCUUUUUGCUCUGGAAAAGAUUCGCGAUUGGUUGGACAACCCAACAUUCGACGACUAA